AUGGAGAAAGCCCUGGGCAUGGUGCUACUUCUGAGCUCUACAGUGUCCGCUCAGACCGGUGAGCGCAUCAUCGGAGGAUCGGAGUGCUGGCCACACUCUCAGCCCUGGCAGGUCUUCGUGUACAAUUCCCAGCUGACUCGGUGUGGAGGAGCCUUAAUUGAUGAGCAUUGGGUGGUGACGGCUGGGCACUGCCUCGGAAGCACGAUCUCAGUCCAUCUUGGGGAACAUGAUUUGCGGAAGAACGACGAAGGAGAACAGCAUUCCUCUGCAGUUCAAAUCAUCCGCCAUGCUGAAUUUGAACCCGUGUCUCUGAAAAACGAUAUCAUGCUUCUGCGGCUGGAUCCCCCUGCCACCCUGGGGGAUACCAUUAAGAUCAUUCCCAUGGCUACAGAGUGUGCGCCCACUGGAACCAAUUGUGUGGUGUCAGGCUGGGGCACUACUACCUACCCGGAAGUGAACUAUUCCUACAUCCUGAACUGUAUGGAUACAACCAUCUUGGAAAAGGAUAUAUGCACAGCUACAUAUGGAAGCUACUUCUCAGAAAAUGAGAUCUGUGCAGGAAAACUGGAAGGAGGCAUAGACUCAUGCCAGGGUGAUUCUGGAAGCCCCAUGAUCUGCAACGGAGUCCUUCAUGGUAUAGUGUCCUGGGGAGCAAACCAAUGUGGAGCGAAGCAAAAGCCAGCCAUCUACACCGAGAUCUGCAAAUUCCGGAAGUGGAUCGACGAGACCAUAGCGAGAAAGUGA